UGUUUUACGAUAAUUUUAUGAGUACUAGAAGGCAGCAUACGUCUACCCGGUGGUACUGUGAUAUUGAGAGGUCAUACAUUUCCAAAAAACAAAGAAAACAAACCAGAAAGCCAGGAUGUCUGGAGAGCUGUCCCUCAACAUAAACAUCAAGGAACCACGAUGGGACCAGGGCACAUUCAUGGGGCGUGCCAAGCACUUUUUCAUGGUUACGGAUCCCAGGACUGUCCUGCUGUCCUCUGAGACUCUGGAGGAGGCCAAAGUGAUCGUGGAGAACUACAGAGCUGGGAUCGUGAAGCCUGGCCUGACGGAGGAUGAACUCUGGAGAGCCAAGUACAUCUACGACUCCGCCUUCCACCCUGACACAGGCGAGAAGAUGUUUGUGAUUGGGCGUAUGUCUGCUCAGGUUCCAAUGAACAUGUCCAUCACAGGCUGCAUGCUCACCUUCUACAGGACUACUCCCGCAGUUGUGUUCUGGCAGUGGGUUAACCAGUCCUUCAACGCUGUUGUCAAUUACACCAACCGCAGUGGAGAUGCCCCCAUCACCGUGAAUCAGCUCGGUGCAGCCUACGUCAGUGCUACUACUGGAGCUGUAGUCACUGCCUUGGGGCUCAAGUCUCUAGCUACGCGUCUCCCUCCAAUCGUCAGCCGGUUUGUCCCCUUUGCUGCUGUUGCUGCUGCUAACUGUAUCAACAUUCCCUUCAUGAGACAGAGGGAGUUGAAGUACGGUAUCCCUGUGACGGAUGAGAAUGGAAACAGGUUAGGAGAGUCUGCUAAUGCUGCCAAGCAGGCCAUCGUGCAGGUGGUGGUGUCAAGGAUCGGAAUGGCAGUACCAGCAAUGGCCAUUCCUCCUGUCAUAAUGAAUGCUCUGGAGAAGAGAGCGUUCAUGAAGCGGUUCCCAAUUCUAAAUGCUCCAGUCCAGGUGGGGCUCGUAGGUCUGUGCCUGGUGUUUGCAACUCCUCUGUGCUGCGCCCUGUUCCCACAGAAAAGCUCAAUGAGCAUCAGUGGGCUUGAAGCAGACCUGCAGGAGAGGAUACGACAGACCAGUCCCCACACCACCACCGUCUACUUCAACAAGGGCCUGUAGGACCAGCCUACACUUGCGCGCACACACACACACACACACACACACACAUGCAGACACUCACAUAUAUAUAUGCACAUGUCUGUUGUCUUGUGGGCACAAGUGGGAGAGCAAAACAAAAUUUAUUUAUGCAGUUUUUUUGUUGUUGUUGCGUGUACUGCUGCAUUUGUUUUUUGAACAUGACUACAUGAAGCUGCUCCAACUGUAACAGUGGAGGGUGACAAUUAUUUGACUGAUUUUAAAAAAGAGGAUUCACUGAAGGGAAAAACUAAACACUUUAGUAAGGAAUAUCAUCUACAGUUCUCUCUGUACAUAGAUGGUACUCCCUAGGAAAGACUCCUGAUUUUUUUUAUUUUAUGACUAUUGUGUUGUGGUGUGCUUUCUGUCUUCCUUUGGGCAAAACUGACUAUGGGGUGGUAGUCCAUGAAGUUACUGAUUUGUGUUUGACUCACCAAUAUCAUUCAGGUUCAUGCAAAUCCUCUGAAUCAUUUGUAACUCCAGUUUGAAGUGAAGGCUAGUGCUUGUAAGUUGUGUAUUGCUUCUGAAUGUAACAUAAUCUUUUUUGCCUUUCCAAUUCUUCCCUAGUCUUUGUCACAUUAUGCUGUUAUUAAAAGUAAUAUCUUAAUCUAUCACACACUGAGUAUAGUUCGUUACAAUUGUUAAACUGGAAAAACCAGUGCAUCGAUUAGCUCUAAAUAGUCCAAUCCACAGUGAAUAUGUUACUCUUUUGUUGUACACUGGUGCAGCUUCUUACUCUCUUGAACUCUCCUUGAAGUGUACUUAUGUCCCUUCAUAUUCUUAGACCAGGUAAUGAGGUGCUAGAUACAUUUGGCAAAGACAACAUGUAGGAAUUAUACUACAGAAGAUCACAGAGCACAGCAUACAUUAGUUAACACUGCUGAGUGUGAUCUUUGUCAGCAUGAAUAUGUACUGUUGCCAUGGCAGUGGCAACUUGUGUUUCAUGGCCUUUCAUCAUUUGAGAUCACUUUAUUAACUAGUGCAGUCACUAUCUUUAGUAGCACAUUGAUGAGUUAUUUGAUUGUUGUAAGUGAUGGUGCUUGUUUGGUGGUUGUGUUAGUUGGAAAGGAAUGUCCUUUGGUGAGUCUAUGUGUUGUUGCUAAGAGAAAAUGCUGUGGUCAGACAACAGUGUAUUGGUGUUGUCAUGUGAAAACUUUGUAACUCCAGUUUUUCUGGUUUUAAUGUCCACACUCAAACUGAAAGACUGCCCAAACGGAUUGAAAGAAUUCAAAACUGCUUGGCUGUCAAGCAAAGCGAGCUGUCUAAUUAAGUUGGAGACACAGGAUUUAACUGUCCAACAGAUAGCUAGCCUUCUGCAAAAAUUAUUUUUUGCACUCGAGCCAUUGAUGUUACAUUGUACCAAAUGAAAGUAGCUAAUGUUGUGUGACAGAGUCAAAAUGUUAAAAGCUUAUAUCCAGGUCACGGCAGUGGGUAAUUGUGUGCACAGUCCUUGUUGUUGGUUUGUUGAAGUGGAAGUUUGGCAGAGUUUGAGCUUCUCUGAUCAAAUUUAUUCACACUGUUGACCAAGCUUUCCAAACACACAACUGUCAUUGUGGUUAGAUAGUAAUGAUGGUGUACAUGAAGAAGUGUCAGUUGAAUUUUAUCCCAGCACUGUCUGAAUGAUGUAAGAAUAUGUAUAUUUUUUGGAUAUAUCUAUAAAUAUAGUAUAUAUAUAUAUAUAUAUAUGAUGUACAGUGUAUGGAGCACAUAUGCAUGUGGUAUUUUAGGGAUUCAAGGUGUGCCUCUGGUUGUGAAUCCACCAGAUGGCCCCAAAUAUGCAUCAUAAAAUAAAGUCAGCUGCUUGUGUUACAGGAAUACAGAGAGUAGUUUAUUGCAAAUAAACAAGUGUUCCUCUUGCUUUAGGGCUAAUGAGCUCUCAAAUCAGAUGAGUGAUCCUCUUGACAGACCCGACUCGUUACAGAGAAUACUCUAUGAUUCAGUGCUUGUGUGAGUUGAUGUUUCAUGUCCAAAAAAACCCUGUAACCCCAACAGUAAGAUUGUACAGGCCAUGCUGAUACUUUCAUUUUAAAAUGUAAACUGAUUGAGUGCUGCAUGACUACAGCAACCGCACAACUGCUGCAUUUUUAUGGAGGAACUUCUGUACAGACAGAAACACAAAAUGAUUGUUCUUAUGUGUGAUCCUGAAAUUCAAUGGUUUCAUUCCUGAUCAUUUUUGAAAAUUGUUCCCACUUGAAAUUCAGAUUCCUGUCCAUAAAGAGUGUCUCAAUAUGACUCAUAACUCCUGUAUGAGGAUAUCUUUGUACUAUUUAGAUUUAGAUGAAAGAUAUCUCAUUUCUGCUAUUGUACUCACUACUGAAUUUCAUAUUUUUAUAUACACAUUUAACCCCCGGAGCAAUAAUCAAACUCUUUCUGUUAUCUUCCAUGUAAACAGAUGGUAGUCCGCUGCAUCCCUCUGUAACACCAAAAUAUGACCACAUGCACUGCAGGACAGUGUUUCAGAGUUAGCAUCACUACUGUAUUACACUCUUUGUUAUAUACCAUGGCUAUAUAAUUUAGACGUUUCUUUCUGCUACAGUUCUGAUCAUAGUUAUUGUGUGUUGUGAUUGGGAAGUUUUCCUGCUGAGAGCAAAACUGCACUAUAUAACCAUAGCUGUGCUGCUGUAGGAACUAGUUUGAUUUGUGUUGCUAUUUAAAAGGAGCUUUUUAAAUGUAUAUUGAAGAUUGUAUUGUUUAUUGUGCUGGAUAACAUUGAAUGAAUCAUGUUAAUGCUAAUUUAUAAUUCAUUCAUUAUCUGGUUGCUUUCAUUGCUCAUAACCAAGUGACUCAGUUUCUGGUUUUUUUUCCCUUUGUGUUUUUCUGCUCUUUGAAUUAUGGCAUAGAUAUGUCAAGAACAAAACUGGACGGUUUUAGUGAGCGUCAAAACACAUCUGUAAACAUGUAUUUGAGCUUGUGACUGUAGUGCACCACCACAACAUGUUGCACCCAUAGAUCAAGCCAAAGAUGAGACGGGUAUGAACAGGAUUGAGGGGAAGAAGUGUGAGGUUUUUGUUUCAGCUUUAUCGUAUGGACCUUUUCCCAGGCUUUUCUCGUGCAAAAACGUGUUUUAGUUUUUUUUUACAGAGGAAAUCCUCAACCUUGUCAGUGCAACACCAAAUUUUUCAAGAAUGUCACAAAGCAUCAUUAUUAACACAAACUUAACAGACUGAGGAUAAAAAUAAAUUCCAAUUGGCAUUUUAGUUAAUGGUCAUAUUUUUAGCAUAGAUUUUUCUUAACAUCUCAAUAAAAUCUCUAAAUGUAGUUGACUUUAUUCCACAUUGCAGCAGUGAAUUUUGGCACGUUGGUUCAGCACCCACUAAUUUAAACUUUCUUUGUGUAUGCCAUUAAUAAAAGUGAAAUCUUUGCAUAUUGAAGGCACAAAUGUACAGACAAUCUGUGUUACUGUUACACUCAUGAAUGUUUUUGGUUAUUUCAUGUACAUACAAACUUACAUACAUGUAAUCUUGUCAGUAUUGGUGUAUUCUCCCUCUAUUUUGUAUUGUGUUGAAAUAUAUUUCCUUGGUGUGAAAUGUAUUUUACUCAGAGCAAUAGAAUAAAAUGUGUAACAUUAAUGUCUAAACUGCUUAAUGUGAUACUAUUAAACACUGUGUAUUAUAA